AUGCAUCUGAAGCCUGUUGCCCUUAUGGCUGUACUUGCAGCGCAUAGAGCGGCCACUCCAACAGAGACAACGAAUGAAAGAAUGAGUGCUGCCUACGAUUACGCGGCAAAUGAAUACUCGCUGGAUGGCGCCUCGGCUGUAAUGAAAGCCGAUAUGAAGAAGGGGACGUGCUAUAUCGAUUUCAACAUCUCUGGAGCUGGUUGCACCACGGUGAUGAAACACGGCGGUCUCACUGAGUAUACGGACACUAUCGCGCAAAAUGUUGACAAUCUCUGCGGCUCCGCUACUGGCGUCAUGUUCUACAGAGAUUACAAAGAUGGCUUUGUCGACUACUUCGAGGGCCAUUUCUACUUCGUCAACCAGCAGAGUCAAGGCGUGGUCGUCGACUUUGACCAUGAUGGAUAUGCAUCCGUCCACCGUGAUGGAGUUCUGCACAUUGAAACCGAUACUAUGGGAAAGCUGGGAAAGACUAACCGUGCGAUCCCACGGUUCUAA